GAGCCAUGUACUUGUAACCGGGUAUAAGUAGGUACGGAAUCAGUGUUUUCUUUUAGUUAUACUAAACUAUUAUCUUCAUAUAACGUUGUAUAGAUCGCGUACCUGAAAAUAUGAAAAACAUUCAAAUACUUUUAGUUCUGGUUUCGGCUGUAGCAAUAAACGCUUGUGGAAUCAACGAAGUAGAGACAUCAUGUGAUGAUGGGCGCAUAGCAACAUGCAAAUACCGGUUCUCAGUGAACCCUCCCUGUGUAGGAGAUAAUUCUAGUGGAGUAACUUGCGUGUGCGCACCGAAUUACUACAAACAUGACAACGGAACCUGUGUCCCUGCUAAUGAGUGCUCUCCCCCUCAAUGCGGUAAAUACGAAGUGGCCAAGAUAGGCCAAGAGCAAUGCGGGCCAGCCUGCGUAGGCACUUGUCAGAACCGGGGCAAUCCGGGGCCCUGUUCCACGGUCUGUACUGACGGCUGCUUCUGCAAGCCGAACUUUGUGAGAGAAGUCGAUGGAUCGUGUGUACCCCUGCCUAGCUGCAAGAAUAUAAUCUAUGACAAAUAAUAGUUUUCUCCGCAACUAUAACAUACCUAAAUAGCAUCAAGAAACAUAUUUUUCAAAUACGAAAUAAAUGAAGUGUUAUUUACUA